AUGAAAACACGUCGUCGUACCGUUGAUUCUCGUUCACUUGUAUCAGACAAUGAAAGUCUUGAUGCAUUUGCUUCACCAUUACCUAUUUCACCAUCAACAACAACAACAGCAACAACGACUGCUGAUUUGUUAACAACAACUGAUGAUGCAUUAGCAAAGGCGACAUUAAAGCAAGGGGGAAAGUGCUGGCGUCCGGGAGC